CGCGGGAAAACGGACGCUUCCAUCUUUAAACUUUCCCGCCAUUUUACGGAGUAUUGUUUUUUCUAUUAGUGUGAUUUUUAUGGUGUUGACUUUAAUUUUAUAAAACCUUUUAAGUGAAUUGUAGUGUUAAUUUCGUAACGUUGGUAACGUAAUUACUGAAACAUCAGGCGACAUGCACAAGAAGUCUCAUAAGAAAAAGCAAAAAAAGCGCGGGAAGCAUGAUGGCCGGAAUAAAGAGAACAUUAUCGACGAGACUGAAGUCACUGAUGAUGGAGAGGUGACUCCGGAACAAAGAGCGCCAGAGAAAAAAGUUUGCUAUGAAGUGAAACAUUCAGAUAUUAUGGGCAGAUACCUAGUGGCAUCCACGGAUAUCCACGCCGGGGAGAUCAUCAUCCAGACUCCAGCCCUGGCCGUGGGUCCGUGCACUGGGUGUGGACUCAUCUGCCUCGGAUGCUAUAGGGAGCUUGAUGAAAGCAGUCUUGCUAAGUGCAAAGGAUGCCAGUGGCCAAUGUGCAGCGCAUCAUGCCCUGGCCAGGGGAAGUACACCGGUCACUCCACAUACGAGUGUGACACCCUGAAGACCAUAACGCCGGAGUACGCCAACCUUGAAGAUCUGAAAGACUCCUACCAGGCCCUUAUGCCUUUGAGAUGUUUACUCCUGAAGAAAGCUGAUCCUGAGAAAUGGCGAGCCAUGUCCGCCAUGGAAGCCCACAACGAGCUGCGACGAGCUCGCGGAGACAUCUGGCCCAUGAACGAGAAGCAUGUAGUCCAGAGGAUGAGGAAGUGGGGGCUGGAGUAUGACAGCGAGGAGAUACACACAAUUUGCGGGAUUUUGGAAGUUAACGCCUUCGAAGUAGGUGGCAGUGGAGCCAACGCCCGAGCGUUGUACGACGUGGCCUACUUCCUUGCGCACGAUUGUACGCCCUCCACCACUCACACUGACGCCGAGAGGCUCCCAGGAAGACCCCUCACAAUAAGGGCGGCGGUGGACCAUAAAGCAGGAGAUUUGAUAUCGCUGUGUUACGCUUACACUCUUCAGGGCACGUUAAAACGGCGCGAGCACAUCAAGCACAGCAAGUUCUUCGAGUGCGCGUGCGCACGCUGCGCCGACCGCACGGAGCUGGGCACGGCCGCCAGCGCCUUCCGCUGCCCGCGCUGCGGCGGCCGCGUGCUGCCCAGCGCGCCGCUGCGGCCCGCCGCCGCCUGGGGCUGCGACGGCCGCGGCUGCUCCUACUCCAUGACCGCGGCGGCCGUGCAGCUGCUGCUCAAGAGGUUAACGGACGAGCACGAGCAGAUAGACGCGAAUGACGUGCCCGGCUUCGAGAACUUCCUUCACAAAUACAGAAACGUGUUGUAUCCCACACACUACCUGUGUCUGUCUGCGAAGCAUUCCCUUAGUCAACUCUACGGGAAGGUUGCGAAUUACAUGAUCCACGAGAUGCCGGAGGAGGAACUGAAGAGAAAAAUCGAGAUCUGUAGGGAUCUCAUGACGGUCUUUGAUGUUAUUGAACCCGGUUAUUCAAGAUUAAGAGGUGUUACGCUGUACGAACUCCACGCGCCACUGAUGAUUCUCACAACUCGGGACUUCGAGAAGAAGACCAUCUCCAAGGAAUGUUUGAGGAGUCGGCUCAAAGAGAUCGUGAGCUGUUUGACGGAAUCUGCCCUAAUCCUGGGUUACGAGCCAGCGCAGUCUCCCGAGGGUCUCAUGGCAACUGCCGCCCGGGACGCGCUCUCCAAGAUCAAGACCUGGGAGCAAAUCAUCGGGAAGAUAUCAUGAUUCCCACACACCUACUUUAAGAGCUUCGUUUUCAAAAGGCACUAAGUUUAUGGAAGUGUUUUGUGAGAGAAAUGUUUUUAUGCCGGUCAUGCUGGCAAAGGAAGUUUGUUUAAAUAGAUGACAGUUCAUAUGAUCUGGUCAUGCCUAAGUACUUAAAAUGUUAAGAUGAUGUGGUUCGUGGAUAUGUAUUUUCGUUUUGUUAAUUAUAAUUAUUGUUCAAAUUAAUUAUAGGAAUUUCAGUAUUUUCGAGACUAUUGGGCCCUUUUAAAGUAAAGACGUGAUAUAUGUAUAUUUUAUAUAUUACAUACAUACCUACAUAUAAUCACAUCUAUAUCCCUUACGGAGUAGACAGAGCCAACAGUCUUGAAAAGACUGAUAGGCCACGUUCAGCUGUAUGGCUUGAUAAUAGAAUUGAGAUUCAAAUAGUGACAGGUUGCUAGCCGUAAAGAAUAAUCCCAAGCUUAUAAACCUAUGCCUUAAUCGCCUUUUACAGCGAAACUAAUUAAAAACCCAUUACACUUGACGACAUGUUUAACCAGAUUACCUUAUUGAUGGGUUUGCGAUAUAUAAAGAUUGAGACAGAAAA